AUGGCCUUGGCCUUCGUUGUCCUUCACCACAGCUCGUGGUCGCUGCCGUCCACACACAAAAACUCCGAGAUUGUCACCAAACUAAUCCAUCGGGAUUCAAUUUUAUCUCCUUACUACAAAAUUUGUGCUUUAGGGAGAUAUAUAAACCGAGAUCUUACUUGGAUUUCCGAGUGGUUGCGCUUCAUUUUGCUUGGAGGAGCCGAAUUCGGGUUAGAGAUAGGAGGAUUGUUUCGGGAGAAUGGUCGCGGUGAAUUUUGCAUGGCUUUCCGUCAAUCCAAUCUCCAUGGGGACACCGGCUCCAUGUUUAUGGUAAAUUUGUCCAUAGGUGAGCAACUCUUAACCAUGGACACAGGUAGCAAUCUACUAUGGGUACAAUGCCAACCUUGUAUUCAUUGUUUCGAGCAAUAUAGUCCAAUUUUCGAUGGUUCGAAGUCAUCUACUUAUAACAACUUAAUGUGCAAUUCUCCCUAUUCCAAUGAUAAUUCUCCAAAGGAUAAGUGUGAUGCUCUCAACAAUUGCAAGUUCUCACAUGGAUAUCUUGAUACCACCGUAGCUUACGGUAUUAUGGGGAAUGAAAAACUCACCUUUUUCACAUCCGAUGAGGGAAUUAUUUCGUCCACGAUAUGGUUUUCGGUGUUGGGGGUGAAAGAUCUCGAUAUUGACCCAAAAGUCUUUCAAAGGGAUCCCGAAGGUAAAGGAGGAGUUCUCAUUGACUCGAGCUUAGCUUCCGGAAGAAGAUAUAAACCGAGAUCUUACUCGGAAUUGCGGUGGUUACGCUUCAUUUCUGCUGGAGGAGCUGAAUUUGGGUUAGAGAUUGGAGGAUUGUUUCGAGAGAAUGGUCCGGUGAAUUUUGCUUCGGGGCUUUCCGUCAAUCCAAUCUCCAUGGAUUGA